ACUUAUUUGGAAGUUUGAGCAGACCCAUAAAGAGGACAAGAAACCUCACCAUGUCUAAGCCAAGGUUGGAGGGCAAGGUGGCCCUUAUCACAGGUGCAGCCGGCGGGAUUGGUGAGGAGGCAGUGAGACUAUUUGCAGAAAAUGGAGCCUUUGUUGUUGCUGCUGACAUUCAAGAUGAAUUGGGUCCUCACGUUGUCGCCUCAAUAGGCUCCGAAAGAGUUAGCUAUUGCCACUGUGAUGUAAGAGAUGAAAACCAAGUUGAGAAAACAGUGAACUACACAUUGGACAAAUAUGGCAGCCUAGACAUUUUGUUCAGCAAUGCAGGUGUCAUGGGUCCAAUGACUGGCAUAUUAGACCUUGACAUUCAAGGCUUUGACAACACCAUGGCCACGAACGUUCGCGGUGUUGCUGCAACAAUCAAGCACGCGGCGCGUGCCAUGGUGGCUCGAAAGGUACAUGGUUCAAUCAUAUGCACAACAAGUGUGGCAGCUUCUCUUGGAGGCACAGCUCCACAUGCUUACACAACUUCAAAACAUGCUCUGUUGGGUUUGGUGAGAGGAGCUUGCAGUGAGCUUGGGGCUUAUGGGAUCAGAGUGAAUAGCAUUUCCCCAUUUGGAGUUGCAACCCCUCUUUCAUGUAAAGCUUACAAUUUGCAGCCAAGUGAGGUGGAGGCUAAUAGCUCUGCCAUAGCCAACUUGAAGGGCAUUGUGUUGAAGGCUAGGCAUGUGGCGGAGGCUGCUCUGUUUCUUGCUAGUGAUGAAUCUGUUUAUGUUAGUGGACACAACUUGGUUGUCGAUGGAGGCUUCACGGUGGUUGAUCAUAGUUAUUCGGCCAACUAG